AAGAGGGGGCUGAGAGAGACUCCUAUCACGUCGUCCCACAAGUCACCUUUUCCCCCCCUGAACGGAAGCCGCAGAUAUUGUGGCCUUGCCUCAUAAGGAAGGUGCUCCAGGCCCCUGAUCAUCUUGGCCGCCCUCUUCGGCCCCUUUUCCAGCCGGACAAUGCCCCACAGGAUGCUGGACGGCGGGAUGGGCCUUGGGCCUGAUCUUGUGUUCUGAAAGCAAACAAGUUGCAAAGCGAAGGUGGAGCAGCGAAACGUGGGGGGGUUGGAUCAGGAAGGAGCACCAGCGCCUCCAUGAGGGAUGAGCCGGUGAAAAUCGAUUGACAGAUUUCAUGACAGAAGGAAAAAAGAAGCCUCUCCUCCGGACAACACAGGGUUACUGGAACUCUCUGCCACAAGAUCUAGCGAUGGCUACCAACUCAGGGAACCUCGUCAUGUCCCUCAACCAGCCCAGCAGCAACGACGCUUGCCUGAGCAUCGUCCACAGCUUGAUGUGCCACCGGCAGGGUGGCGAGAACGAGUCCUUUGCCAAACGGGCCAUCGAGAGCUUGGUGAAGAAGCUGAAGGAGAAGAAGGACGAGCUGGACUCGCUCAUCACGGCCAUCACCACCAACGGUGCCCACCCCAGCAAGUGUGUCACCAUCCAGCGCACACUGGACGGACGCCUGCAGGUGGCAGGGCGCAAGGGUUUCCCCCACGUGAUCUACGCCCGUCUCUGGCGCUGGCCGGACUUGCACAAAAACGAGCUGAAGCACGUCAAAUUCUGCCAGUUUGCCUUUGACCUCAAGUAUGACAGCGUCUGCGUCAACCCCUACCACUACGAGAGGGUGGUCUCACCCAGCAUCGGACUGAAUAUCCAGAAUACAGGACCUCCUGGCCGGCUGGUGAAAGAGGAAUUUGUCCCUGACUGUAUCCAGAUGGAGGUCCAGGCUCCCCCUCCGGCUGACCACCUGGGUCCUGGGAUCAAGUCCAGCCACCCUCAAGGAGAGCCGUACCAGUCCUUGUCGCCCCUGCCUCUGCCUGAGCCCUCUCACCCUGCUGCUGUCAUCUAUCCUGCACUGCCUCUGUCACCCCCAGGGCCUCCCGGGGGGCACCUCCUCUCCCUCUUGCGUGGCGAGAGCCUUCUCCAGAUCUCCACCGCCUCACACCCUGCUGCCUCUUCCCCGGCUCCUCCCGGGUCCCAGCAAAACGGCUGUGCCUCCAAGCUGGCUUACCAGAGGCCUUUGCAGGACCCGGCGACGGGGUGGGCCGGAAAUGGCAGCGCCACUAGCUACACCUCUGGAGGACGGCCUCAGCAGCAACCCACCCCGCCUCCACUUCCCAGCUCCCCGCCACAGCAGAACGGACGGAAUCACCCACAGCUGUCGCACCACCCCACAAACCAUUACUGGCCGACCAACCACCACAGCGCGUCUCCCUAUCCACAGCCCGUCUCCAGCCACCCUGGCCCUGAGUUCUGGUGUUCGAUUGCCUACUUUGAGAUGGACGUGCAGGUGGGCGAGAUCUUCAAGGUGCCCUCCAAUUGCCCCGUGGUCACCGUGGACGGCUACGUGGACCCCUCUGGCGGGGACCGUUUCUGCCUGGGACAGCUUUCCAACGUCCACCGCACAGAUGCCAGCGAACGUGCCAGAUUGCACAUCGGGAAGGGGGUGCAGUUGCAGUGCAGGGGCGAAGGUGAUGUCUGGAUGCGGUGCCUGAGCGACCACGCCGUCUUCGUGCAGAGCUACUACCUGGACCGGGAGGCCGGGCGGGCGCCGGGCGAUGCCGUGCAUAAGAUCUACCCGGGCGCCUACAUCAAGGUAUUUGACCUCCGUCAGUGUCACCGCCAGAUGCACCAGCAAGCCGCCACAGCCCAAGCGGCAGCCGCUGCGCAGGCAGCUGCCGUGUCUGGGAACAUCCCUGGGCCCGGUUCAGUGGGAGGCAUUGCGCCUGCAGUUGGCCUCUCGGCGGCGGCCGGCAUCGGCGUGGACGACCUCCGGCGUCUCUGCAUCUUGCGGCUCAGCUUCGUGAAGGGCUGGGGCCCGGACUACCCGCGCCAAAGCAUCAAGCACACCCCUUGCUGGAUCGAGGUGCACCUUCACCGGGCGCUUCAGCUCCUGGACGAGGUCCUGCACACCAUGCCCCUGGUGGAUCCGGCCCCCAUCAACUAGCCCAGCUCUCUCUCUCGAGGAAGACGCUGGUUCUUACCGAAUAGCGAGUUCGGGGCCGGGAGGGGGCUUCCCGCGUUGGGAAAGAGACUCUGAGGGUCAGAGCCUGAGAAACUCCCCACCACCACCCCAGGCUUGUGAAGGGCGAGUCGGCAGCGACAAUUUCCCACGGCCCUAAGAGGGCCCCAGACGGUAGAUUCCUCCCCAGACCUUUCAGGAUCCAGAGACAUGCCCCAUUGGAAGAGCAGCAGUGGGGCCGGCUGAUCAGCAAGGAGGCCUCUUCCCCCUCUGGCUGUCAAGCCACCCGUCCCGACUGCCUCUUCCUUCCACUGCCAGCGGCGUCACUCCGAAGCGGCAAGGAUCUCCACGGCGGCUGGCCCAAGACGUUGAGAACUGCUGGUGGAUGCCGCGGCCGACCCCAGCGCUCCGAAACGCUCCUCCGAAGCAACCGGUGGAGAUCUGUCCUUAUGCUUUAAAUGUCCAUCAAAAGCCAAAUAAUGGAAAAUGCCAAAAACAAGACCACAGAACCCCACCCCACCCUUUGGGCAGUUGCUGUUUGCAGGUCGUCCGCUUGGAGCCAGAUCUAGCCCGCGUACAGCUGUUUGUUGGUCAGCUCUUCCACUUGGCCGGAGUAAUGUGUAGAUACUUUUUUAAAAGUGCGGGGGAAGUGCCAGUUGUGGAAUUCAGGUGUAGAAUUUAGAUUCUGGGGAAACUCUUUAUUUUUAAAAAAAGAAGCAAGUUUCUAGUCCUUCAGGUUGCAGAGAGAAGGUUUAAAGCGUCUAGGCAACCCCUGCGGAACUCUCAAGGAUUAGAAGCUGGGUUUCAUUCCGUGCCUCUCACCGUGAUUGGCGGAACUGGGAUAGAUUAUGCAAAAUGCGGCAGGUGAGAGAUGGCCGAAUCAGUGAUGCAAAGGAAGAGAGAUUCUGCUAAUUUGCAUAAUGUAUACAUGUUGCAGAAACGGAGAGAUGAGCAGAGGGGAUUCUGUAGCUAUGCCCAAAUUAGGUGCACUGGCUGGUCUCAGGGCCACCUUCUCUCUCUGUCUGUUGACACUUGCUUGACAGGCACAAAUCCAGCAUGUGCAGCUUUUUAUCCCCCUCGGCAUGAAAAUGAGGUGAAGGGGCUGUGUUUCUGUUGAAUUUCUACUUAUUAGGAACAUAGGAAGCUGCCUUCUACUGAGUCAGACCAUCUAGCUCAGUAUUGUCUACCCAGACUGGCAGCGGCUUCUCUAAGGCUGCAGGCGGGAGUCUCUCUCAGCUCUAUCUGGAGAUAUCAGAGAGGGAACUUGGGAACUUCCUCAUGCAAGCCGGCAGGUGCACUUCCCAGAGCGGCUCCAUCUCCUAUGGGGAAUAUCUCACAGUGCUCACGUGUGUGGUCUCCCAUUCAAAUGCAAACCAGGGUAGACCCUGCUUAGCAAAGGGGGCCAUUCAUGCUUCCUGCCACAAGACCAGUUCUCCCUGCUUAUCGUGAAGCCAGAAAAUGCCAUCUCGAGUGGCUGCCUGGCUGCCUUUCCUUUUAAACCAGAAAUUCAGCUAGGGAAGCACAGACCUCUGGGUCUGCUCCUUGUGAGGAUGCCAGAGGAGAAGGAAUCUGGCCCCUGCUGCAUCUGUGCCCGGCUCUUUUAAAAAGUGCAACAGCCCUGCAAGGUGGGGGAAAGGUAAAGCGGCCUUGGUUCAGUCCUUUGCUGUGAAAUCCCAGCGCCCUCUUGUGGAUUCCUGGGUUAUUGCACCUUUCUGUCCAUCUGGGGCAUCCUCAGGAGCCACGGUAUAAAUGUGGGUGCACAGUUCCAGGGCACCUAGUCUAGAUGCCGGGUGGGUGCUGAAGCACAUUAGUAAGGGCACAGGUAUUUUUGUGGUGGCACCCCACAACGGAUCCCCUCCUGCCAGCAGGGAGCCCACCCCACGCACUGUGGGAAAUGCACUGAACCUGCCCCACAACCGGCCAUUUUUAUAUGGAGGGGUGUGUGUGCAGCAUAUGGCUGUGCCGAUCUGCCAAGCGGUGCCAUUCUGGCAGGAUGCCAGAUCUUGCUUCUAGGGCUGCCAGGGUUGCAAGUAGCCCUUGUAGCUGCACCUUUGACAUCCAGCUUGGUGCUUGUGUUUAUUUCCGUGCCGUCAAAAGCAUGGUUUUUGCUGACAGAGCUGUCGGGCAUAGGAGCAGGCUCGGCUAGGUUUCUUCCCUGGCCAGAUGGCAACGCUAUAGUAGCUGGCACUGUGAAGGGCGGGCAAGCCUACCUCGGAAGACUGAUGCCUGCACACAGCAACCAGCCUUUGCCAGCGUUAAGGAUCGGGUUGAUUUUCUCAACCGCCCCCUGUAACUAGCACUUAACUUAAACUUCCUCCUUUGGUGUUCAUGCCUUGGUUGUUGUUGUUUUUUAAUAACCAUUAUUUAAAAUGAGAAUUUGUUUUCCCA